AUGGACGUUCAAGAUGUUUCACACGACAGCCAUUUUGCUGCUCUCAUGAGACAGGCAGAACAUGCAGCGAGCAGAGCAAGUCGAAGAAAAGGAGAGGCCGUGCAGAAUCAUCCCCGCCGAGACUGGUUGAUUUCGGAGUUCAUGAUGAAGCUACACCUAUCGUUGGGUCCAGCAGGGCCCGGGCAACAUACUAUAGCCACGUCACAAAUUCCAGCGCCAUACACCCCUUGCUGUCUCUCACUCAACGAGCUUCGACCGAUAAAUAUAUCCGACAUGAAGCUUGAAACACAUCACCGCGGCACUAGGAUUGCUGUUCGCGUCUGCACACCACCACAGCGUAUGACAGCCAUCAUGGCAAUUGUUGAAGAUGAAGAGGCUACGGCUUUAUUGCUCCAGCUCUAUCAUCAGCCAGACGAGCUUGCGGUACCUGCCGCGGAGAUGCUACAGCCUGGAACCGUCUUGAUCCUCAAAGAGCCCUUCUUCAAAUGCUGCACUGACGGCGCGUAUUCGCUAAGGGUCGAUCACGUCAGCGACAUCAUUUGGUUGAAGGGAACCGAGGAGCAUAUUCCAUCUCAAUGGAGGAAAGCGAAAUCGACUUCGAAUGACAGUACAAGCGUUCGGUUUGAAGGCAAUCAAGCAGUGGAGAAGAGUAAUUGGGCUGGAGCACAACUCUUAUACACUUCCGCUAUUGAAACUGCGGUAACAGCUGAAGAUGAGCGGCUAGCGCAUCUUAACCGCUCACUUGCAAACCUUAGGCUGGGACGCCUAGAAAGUGCCUUGUCAGAUGCUGUCCGGGGUGGUAGUGAUAGUCGACAGGCGUCAGAAAAGGGCAUCUUUCGUGAGGCGAGAGCACUGUAUGAGCUGGGAUUUUUCGACCGUUGCCUGCAAAAGCUGCAUCAACUCCUAGAGUCGCAUCCUCGUAACAGCGCCGCCGAACAGGAGCUGAGACGUGUCGAGACAAGGCUGCUCGAGCAACAGGGUGGCCGGUAUGUAUUUGACCAGAUGUAUAAGCAAGCCAAGAAAACGCCUCCCCUUGUCGAUUGUGCCUCGUAUGCUGCAGUCGUGGAAGUGCGCAAGUCGCCUGGACGGGGUUAUGGGCUUUUUACCAAUACGGCGGUCUCUGUUGGUGAGCUUCUACUCUGCGAAAAAGCAUUCGCGUACAGCUACGCCGACGACGAAACAACAGAGCGGUGUCAAAUCCUGAUGAACCUGAGCACCAAGAUGAUGACAGUGGGCGGUCAAGCUCGCCUCCUCAAUCAAGUAAUACAAAAGUUGUAUCACAAUCCGCGGUUGUCGGCUGAAUUUAGAGAACUACAUCACGGGGACUACAAGCCGGUUCCAGUCUGUGAAAUUGACGGGAUUCCCGUCGUUGAUUCAUUUUUCGUGGAAAAAGUCAUAUCUCUGAACUCUUUCGGUGCACCAAGGACUAGCCGGUCGUCGUUCUCCAAAUUUUUAAAAAAGACAACCACGGGGGAAAGCCAAGAAAGGAGUCAUACAACGUGUGGCAUUUGGCUACUGGCUUCCCGCAUCAACCACUCCUGCGUCGGCAACUGUCUUCGCUCUUUUAUCGGGGACAUGCAGAUUGUUCGUGCGACUCGGAACCUCGAGGCUGGUACGGAGAUUACCUUUCCAUACAGAGUGCCAGUCCCUCAUGAAUCAUAUGAAACGGCUCAUAAGGGUCUCAGCAACUGGGGUUUCUCUUGCACUUGCGAGCUAUGCGAAGACAGGCGAAAGACAACUAGAGGGGCCCUGAAACAACGCACAAAACUCGUGAAGGAACUCGAAAAAGUCCUCGGUGGCCCGGUGAUGACCGACAUUUCUCGAGCCAAGUUGCUUCUCGAGAAGCUUGAGAUUACUUACCCACCAACAGACGGUGCCCACCUUCGGCUGGAACUUUGGAACCCGUACUUCGCCUUGGGCGCUCAUCUGCUCUUGGUCGACAGGCCCAGUGAUGCGGUUGAGAUGAUUGCAAAGGGUUUCGAAGCGUUAGAUUUUAGGAUGACCGCGUCCUCGCAGCGACUGGAUAUCGAGAAAUGGGGUGUUGUUAACGACUUUGUGCCGUGGGCGUUUGCAAACUUGUUCAAGGCAUACAUCGAAAUUGCACCUGAGCUCUGCAAACCUGCCGAGGAGUACGCCGAAAUUGCCUAUAGCAUAGUGGUGGGCGAGAGCGAAACCAUCUGUGAUGCUUUUCCGGAGCUUGCAUAG